AAAGAAAAAUGUGACGGUUGUUUUGAGUGCAAACGCAGGAGAGGAGACGCCAGCUGAGUACAACAGGACAUUCCUCCCUUCUUCAUCAUGGAUGCGUCAAACACCUUGAGGAUUGUCCUGCUGGGGAAAACUGGAUCAGGGAAGAGCAGCCUGGCGAAUACCAUACUUGGAAAGAACGUGUUCCAAGUCAAUCAUUUUACCACCUCCGCGGGAGGUUUUUGUCCGUCGGAAUCUGGACCAGUUCACGGGAGGAACAUCACUCUGAUUGACACGCCUGGCAUCUUUCAUCCCAGCACAUCCGAGCAGGAGCUGAGGCGUGACAUCGUGAGGUGUGUCGCAGAGUGCCCUCCUGGGCCUCAUGCCUUCAUCAUUGUGCUACAAGUAGAAAAAUUCACAGAGCAGGAGUCACACGUCAUCAGAAAGAUAUGUGAAUAUUUUUCUGCAGAUGUUUUAAAGUUUUGCACACUUGUUUUCACGCACGGCAACCAGUUAUCUGAGGGAAUGAACAUUGAGACAUUUGUCAGACAAAAUACACGUCUGAAAGAACUGACGGAGAAAUGUGGCGGCGGGUGCCACGUCGUUGACAAUAAAUAUUGGAAGAACAACCCGCAGGAUGAAUACAGGAACAACCACCUGCAGGUGGCACAGCUGCUGGAAACAAUAGAGAAGAUGGUGAAGGAAAAGAGCGGGGGCUGCUACACCCUGGAGAUGCUGAAACACCGGGGGAGCAAACGAGCCUGGAUCCACCGCAUCUUUGAGUCUGUGGUUAAAAUCACCAGCAAAAAGUACAUCAAAGUUUUUGCAGUAAUUAUAGGUGUAGUGGUCUUUUACAAAAUGGUGAAAGACAGCAUUGCAAAGACCAAGUAGAAACAUUUACAGCUCAGAUGUUUGGUCUGAAAGAUCAUUCUUUGUUUCUGCACAUAUCUCUUCACCUGCAGGAUGCUGCGUGUCCUUACUGCAUCGCAUUGUAUAAGUGUACAAAGUUAGCGUUCUACUUUUUUUAGCUUUCUGAUUUAAAUACACAGCUGACAGGAAAUUCAAAUCUGAAUUAAAAAGGAAAAUUCAUUAGGAAAUUGAGAUGUUUGGUCUGAUUUAAGUGUUUUUAUUUUAUUUUACUGUUUCAAGUUUUAAAUCAUCUAAAAAAAAUUAAUUGAAUUAAUUUUAAUUAUUUCCCUUAAUGUGUGUUUCUCGUGACACUUUAGCCUAUGUCAGUGUUUGAUCAUUGAUUUGAUGUUUUAAACUGUCUUUGUCUUAAAUA